AGGGCAGUGAAACUUGAGAAUGGAUGUCUCAGUCAUUUUGAGGUUUUUACUGCUAUAGCAUUCAGCCUAUUUGCUGAAGAGAAUACGGAAAUUGCAGUUGUGGAGGCUGGAUUGGGCGGAGCACGAGAUGCCACUAAUGUUAUUUCAGGUUCUGAUCUUGCUUUAUCAAUCAUAACUACUGUUGGUGAGGAACAUCUGGAAGCACUUGGAGGCUCUUUGGAAAGUAUAGCGGUGGCAAAAUCAGGAAUAGUUAAACAUGGGCGCCCACUUGUUCUAGGAGGUCCAUUCAUUCCAUCUAUUGAGUGCAUUCUUCGUGGGAAAGCAUCUUCUAUGUCUUCACCAGUAGUAUCAGCAUCUGAUCCUGGAAACAGAAGCGCUUUGAGAGGCUUCUGUGACGUGAGUGGCAUACCUCGCCAAUUGUGUGAUAUAGUGCUCCAGAUUGUGAAGGACUUUGAUCUGUCGAUUGAACUUCUAGGUGUGAAAUUACGCAUGCUUGGAGCUCACCAACUUCAAAAUGCUGUAACUGCUACAUGUGCAGCCUUGUGCCUUAAUAAGCAAGGAUGGAGUUUGUCCAGUGGAUCUAUUCGUGCUGGUCUGGAGAGUGCGUUUUUGCAAGGCAGAACCCAAAUAUUGUCUUCAGAAGAAGCUAAUUUACUUGGAGUACCUGGGGCCACUAUACUACUUGAUGGAGCACAUACAAAGGAAUCUGCCGGGGCUUUGGCAAACACGUUGCAGAUGACAUUUCCAAAGGCAAAAAUGGUUGUUGUGGUUGCUAUGGCUAAUGACAAGGACUAUCUAGGUUUCGCAAGAGAGCUACUCUCAGGUUUGACCAAUUUUGGAUCUUUUUGCCACAUGAUCCAUAUCUUUUUUUGGUUGAUGAGUUCUUAUUCAUGCAUAAAUUUAAUUAUUCAAUUACAGCGUAGCUGCAGCUUGAAGAUUGUGGAAUAGUUUUGUUGUUAAUUU